CUGGACCUCGCUCUCGACCUCCUCGGCCCUCCCCAUGACUUAUAACAGUCUCGACAGUGCUCUCUCAUCGUCCUAAACACCCAUCACUUGUCACCAUGACCAAGGCUUCCAUCCUGCAAAAGAACCCCGACGACGUCGUGAUCCUCUCGGCCAAGCGCACGCCGCUCACGAAGGCCAAGAAGGGCGCGCUCGCCGAGGCGCGGUACGAGGACCUGCUGUCCGCGGUGCUCAAGGGCGCCAUUGACGCCGCGCGCAUCGACCCCAAGCUCAUCGACGAUAUCCAGAUCGGCACGGUGCGCACCCCGCGCGGAGGGGCCAGCAUCUCGCGCAUGGCGGCGCUGCACGCCGGCAUCCCCAUCUCGGCGACGCUGAGCACCGUCAACCGCCAGUGCUCGUCGUCUUUGCAGGCCAUCUGGACGAUCGCCAACGAGAUCCACGCGGGCGACAUUGACAUUGGCAUUGCGGGCGGCGCCGAGAGCAUGACGCACCACUUCGUGCCCAAGCCGCUCGACCACCCUCAUUCGGAGGAGGUGGUCAAGAACCAGCUCGCCGCCGACUGUCUCAUCCCCAUGGGCAUCACCAACGAGAACGUCGUCGAGGAGAACCACAUCAGCCGUGCAGACCAGGACGCGUUCGCGGCCUCGUCGUACAACAAGGCCGAGGCGGCGCAAAAGUCUGGCAAGUUUGACGGCGAGAUCGUCCCCGUCACCGUCAACGGCAAGACGGUCACCAAGGACGACGGGAUCCGGUACGGUGUGACUGCCGAGUCGCUGUCCAAGGUCAAGCCGGCGUUCAAGGCGGACGGGACGACGCACGCGGGCAACGCGUCGCAGGUGACGGACGGCGCGGCAGCGUGCGUUCUCGCGCGCCGCUCGGUCGCCGAGCGCCUCGGCCUGCCCAUCAUCGGCAAGGUCGUGCGUGUCGUCGCUGCUGGCGUGCCGCCCCGCAUCAUGGGCAUCGGACCCGCCGUCGCCAUCCCCAAGCUGCUGCAGAAGGAGGGGCUGGGCGUGUCCGACGUCGAUGUGUUCGAGAUCAACGAGGCGUUUGCCGGCCAGGCAGUCUACUGCGCCCGCGACCUGCACAUCCCCGACAAGAAGCUCAACCCCAACGGCGGCGCCAUCGCCCUCGGCCACCCCCUCGGCGCGACGGGCGCCCGCCAGGUCGCGACUGGCCUCGCGGAGCUCCAGCGCUCUGGCGACCAGCUCCUCGUCACGUCCAUGUGUGCCGGCACGGGCUACGGCGUCGCGGGGCUGUUUGUCAACGAGGUGACCAACCGGGCCAAGCUGUAGAUGGUGGGUGGGUGUCAAUGUCUAAUGUAUUAUUCUAUGCAGUGU